AUGAACCGGAUCACCACCAUCUCUCCAAAGGCCUUCACUGGACUCAGGCAGCUGCUCUUCCUCAACCUGGACAACAACAGCAUAAAGAGUCUUCCUGUUGGAGUGUUCAAACCUCUACGCGCUCUAGAGAUGUUGGUCUUGGACAAUAAUCUUCUGACCACACUGGAGACCACGGUUUUGGAUGGACUCGUCAAUCUCCAGGAGCUGUACUUGAGGAACAAUGAGCUGGAGACUCUUCCUCCAGACUUACUCAGGAGCACCCCUCUGCUCUCUCAGUUGGCCCUCAGCGGGAACAAACUCAAGACUCUGGAGGGGAAACUGUUUGCCCCCCUGACAGACAUGAAGAAGCUCCACCUCCAUGAUAACCCGUGGCACUGUGACUGUCACAUCCGCUCCCUGGUGCAGUAUUUGAGCCAAACCCAGAGCUCUGUGUCCCCCUCUCUGCGCUGCGUGAGUCCUCAGCAGCUCCACGGAAAGACCAUCAGCACUUUGAGAGACGACCAGACCGUGUGUCCUGCCUGA